AUGGUGACAGCAUGUUGUAUCGCGCGCAAAGGAAACUUCCGGACAGGGCCCGCAGUGAAUGGAAAGAUGGAACUCUUACGGCUCCCACAGGCUCUGGAAGACACCAGCAGCGAUGAAGGGGCUAUGAUUCUGCCAUUGAAGCGCAGAGCCAAGGUCACCUGGAGAUCAGAUCGAUUCUUGGAAGACAGAUAUGAGAUUCUGGAAAGUGGUGAUGAAUGGACCAAUGCGCGUAGGUCUGAAGAUAUCAAUUUCUCUGAACUUCCGGAGCUGGCUGUUGCCCGAAAGAUGACCUUCAAGAAAGACGCGGCCAGUUCGGCUCGGCAGCGGGCCGCGCGCAGGAAGGGAAAAGAGAGCGAGGAUUCCCCAGCAGAUUCCACGCAUGUCGGGCACCAGGAAGAGGGCAAGCUUGCGUUGCCAGAGACUUUAGCUGGAAAUACACAGCGCCUGGAGCGUUACAAGCUGGCUUUGUUGAGUGCAGUCGAGAGCCUGUACUGGGACAAGAAGAAGCCAUUCCUGGGAGAGUUAAAGCGCUUGCUGAAGCCGUCAAAGCAGUGGCUGAAUCAAGAGCUGCGCGCUGCCGCCACAGUAUGUGCUUCUGACACUUCCCGCUACUUCCUUGUGCCGCCCUUCGCCGGCGAGCCCCCCUGUAUUCUCCUGCGUCAACCGCCACCAGGUUUCGAUGAAUGGUAUUGCGGCCUUCCCGUUGAAAGCCAGCUAUCUGAAGACCAAGAAGCUACAAGGCAGCUUGAGGUUUCUAUUGGCUGUGCGCGUGCGCUGACCAUGCGGGAGGUGAUUGAUAGCUUCUACAAAGAUUGCAUUGAGCCAAGUCUUCCCGAGGUCCAACAGCGUUUGCGCUCCCGCGGCUGGACUUUCGUUGAGUCGCAGCAGGCCGUGCUGCUGUACGCAUGUCAGAAGUCCCUUUACGAGGUUUGCAAGCCAACGUGCCGAAAGCCGGUGGUGAUUUUGCUGAAGGAGCCGCCCAACAGCUUCUCUGGAUGGUUCGAUGGGAUUGGCGUGGUUCCGAAGGCAUCUGCCCAAAUGGAAUUUGGCCUGAAGUCUCUACUGGCUGCAGGUUUCGCCCCGCGUCUGUCUGGUGGUGUUGCUGGUGCGGCCGAGAUUCUUCAAGAACAUUGCCCUCGAAGCCUCGGUGAGCUGCGAGCAUUGCUCCGUGUCUUUCUGAAGAAAGGCCUUCUUCGCUACGAUGGUGAUGAGCUCGUGGUCUCGAAGUAUCUGGAGAAAGAGCUCCGCGACCUUCAGGUCACCCCUCGAACACCUGAGCGAAGGAAGGCUCGAAUUUAUUGCAACAUCUGA